CACCCAAAACCAAAACAAAAGAACUCGUCUUAAGGAAUUUAAUAGAAAUAAGAUGACUUGUGAAGUAAAACAUUGCGGAGAAAUUCGCGAUUUUAAAAAGGUUCAGGAGUACUUUGGACUCGGACACGACGACAACUGGUUAAAUGCAAUCAACUACGCCAUAUCGCCCACUGGUGAGUUGAUUGCCUUGGCGCAGGGGGAGAAGUUGGCUUUUUUAUCCACCUGCUGGAGCAGCCAUGGGAACGCCAACAAUACCUAUGCCCUGGGAUGGUGCGGCGAGCUGGAGGACUCCAAUCAGAUCGUGACCAGCCUCACCUGUCUCCCGAUGACUCAGAGCCGACGAAGCGCCGAUGGAGCCGUGGAAUGGACGUGCGUGGCAGUGGGCCUGGUCUCGGGCCUAGUCGUUUUCUACACAGAUUCGGGAGUAAAGCUAUUUUCUCAGUGCUGCCAGGAGGAUCCGGUGAUAGGAGUCAAGCUUCAGUCGCCGCCCCGCCAUUCUGAGGGGGAUUUCCUGCUGUACAUUGUUUACCCACGCUGCCUAUGCUUCAUCCAAGGCCAGGACAUCCUGCCCACUCUCAACAACUGCCGGCACAACGUACAGCGCGGAGCCCUGGAGCGGGGCUCGUAUCCCACAGUCGAUGUGGUUCCCUUCCAGAAGUACAAGUUUAAGCAGGAGAAAGAGGCCGUGAUCAAUGACGCCGCCAUUUCGAGCACCCAGCGACCACCGACAUACGACCACAUCGUACAGCAGAGCAUUGGUCACGGGUACUUUGCCAAGGUACAUGCAACGCCGCCGAGAAGCGCCCAGGUGCUGGCUGCCGGAGCGGAGCCCUAUCUGGGCUUCUUUGACGCAGAAGAGGGAUACAAAACCAUGUCGCUGGGCGAGGUGGCCAAGGAUGUGAUUGGAAUAGCAUACAAGAACCUGCUGGGCGGCAUUUUUCGACGAGCACCCGAGCCAUUGUCUUCGCCGGAAGAGUCACCACUGCCCCUGCCCACGAAGGAGGCGCCGAUGAGGAUCCGCUGUCGUUUGUACGACGGCAAGAGGGACGGCCUGACCUUGGCUGUGGCACCCGGAGGACGGCUGGCUGUCGUCACGGACAAUCUAGACCGAGUAAUGCUGGUGGACACGCAGCAGGCCAUCAUUUUGCGCGUGUGGAAGGGCUACCGCGAUGCCCAGUGCGCCUUCGUCCCCGUCAAAGAGCGAUCUGUGCGCGGAAUCAAGACUCACAAGCGAAAGGCCUUGUUUCUAGUCAUCUACGCACCCCGUUUAGGCUGCCUGGAUAUCUGGGCCCUACAAAAUGGGCCCAAGGUGGCCGCCUUUAAUGUCUCCAAGAGCGGACAAUUGGUCUACAACAAUCACAGCGCUUUGGGAGCCGUCGCCGUGGGAGGAUCUGCUGCCGGCAGCAGUCAAUCCCGCAAGGCGCCUCCCAUCAACCACUGUCUAUUCUUGGAUCCCACCGAUGGCAGCCUGAAGGAGGUGCUCAUUCCAUUUCAUUAUGCACUCAGCGAAACCAGUUCGCAGACCUCUAGGGAUAUCCACAUGCUGCGGCGACUUAGGAAUCAGCUGAGAACCGCUAACCACGGCGAUGCCAAGCUGGAGGAGAUUGCCGAGCUGGCCAGCGAACUGCAGACCCUGGAGGUGCGCCAGCAGUGCCUGGAGAUGCUGCUCAAAAGCAAGAAGCUGCAGCCACGUGUCUUUCAGUGCAUCAUCAACUCUUUCAUCGAAAAGCCCCUGCCCGAGGCGACCACGUCCCAGGAGUUUCUGCACCAAAUCCAAAACUACAAGCGGCUGACCGAUCUCUACCUGGCCUUGAGUCAGGCCAAUCAGCGGGGCGACAACGAGCCACCGAUAGAUCAUCUGGAGCUCUCCGAUGCCGAUCUGGUGACCAUAAACAAACUGGUCUUGCUCCUGGACGAUGACAAAAAUGAGGCCAAGCCCGUCGGCGCCACUCGCGAGGUGAGCUUCAAGCUGCAGGAAGAGCACAAAACCGAGGAGUUUGUGGAUUACCUAAGCAUCUUCAACAUAGACAGUCCGGAUGGGAUCAGCUUGCUGCCGGAGAAGGCCAGCAAGUUCGGUGGCGUGAGCAUCGAUCUCUUCAGCCAAUUCUUUGCCCAGGGCUUGUGCUUUGGCCAGUUUAAGGAGUGGAUUCACCAGGCCUGCCUGCCAAGCAUGGAUCUGCUAACGCUGAUCAUUUGGUUCUGGCUUGAGAAGCCUUUCAAGUACAGUAACUGCGAUGAAGUCGUUGAGGACAUGUCCAGGAUUGCUGCCAUGGUGCAGACCAUUUGCGAUCUGGCUGGCGAACACAUUCAUGACUAUGCCUACAAUGCCAUCUCGCCUUGGUGGCAGGCGGUGCGCGAACUGCUCCUGGAGAGCAAACAGUUCUCCGGACUACUGGUGGCCAUUGUCUGCAAAACGGUGGCCUCCAAUUUGUGGCGGAGUCGCAAGGAGGGAUCAUGUGACGAAUCCUCGCAGAACGAGGAGGAGGAGCGCUGGGAACGCAUAUCGCACGACGAGGCCCAGUGGGGACUACUCACCGGCAAGCUUGAGGAUGUGGCCGUCUUGGGGGCUAUACUAGGAAAGCCACUCACCUGUAGGGAUCCCGUGGGUCCGGAAAUGUCCUACGAGCCGCCCGACUGCAGCCUCAAGAGCAUUGUGAGCAAUGGCAAGGGAAUCGUGACAGAGCUCACUGCCAAGUGGCUGAUCAGUGCGCAACUGCAUCCGAGCAAAGUUCUGGAGAUUUCGGCGCCAGAAAAUGAGACUGAUGAGGAGACAAAGACAAAAGCCAAACCAGCGUCCAAGGAGGAUCUCUCCAAAGCGGAUACCGACUCGGAAGAAGACUUGGAAAUGGCUAAGGAGGUGCAGGAUCCAAGCAGGGAAGCCUCCGAGCCUAUUCUAGAGCGCUUGGCCCUGCUCCGAGCCCACUUUCCCUUUAGCUUAGAGUCGGGCGUUCUGCUGAGCCUCAUGUCCUGGCAGUACAUGGUGCAGUGGAGCAAGCAGCUUUCAUCGCUGGACCACCUGAGGGCAGCCCUUCUCUGUCUGACCCAGUUCCGGACACCAGACUGGGCCCUGAAGCACGGCAUCUGCUGCAUGCUGUGGAACGCCACGCUAAAGUUCCCCCUCCAGGCCGCGGCCAAGUUGAUGCAGAAGGUGGGCCGCCUGCCUGUGGACAAGAUGUGCCAGCAGGACCUGGAUAUGUCGGCGGGAAAGGUGCCCGAGUUCCUCGAGCUCAGCCUGGAGUUUCUGGAGCACUUCUCCACCUCGAUGGAGCACGACAAGCGAGAGCUGCAGUUCGAGCAGUCCCUCAGCGAGGGAGCUCUGCCUCUGCAGUUCUUGGCCCUCCAGCAGCACCACGCCAUGCCCCAGCUGCUCCAACUGCAAACCGAGCUGUGUAGGGUCCUCCAUUUCGUGGCCUUCUUCCAGCUGCGCAUUCCCAAGCCGUUGACCACGCUCUUUGACUCAAUGGGCAACAAGGCGCUGCUCGCGGACAUCAAUAAGGAGCUGCCCUAUGUGUUGCCCGCACCGGAUCUUGUCCUGCAGCAGGUGCGCACGGACUUUCUGUGCCGCGUUGUCUCCGCCACCAUGGACUUGAUCAGGGAGGAUCUAGAGCAGUUGUAUAUCCUAGAUCAUGUCUUCUACAUGUCCAAGAUCUGUGCUCUGGCCGACAGCUGGGAAGUCGACAAGCUGCCCAUCUUGCGGCGACAGGUAGUGGAUCUGUACGCGUUUGGCUAUGAUGCCGAGGCCCAGAUGCUGCUCCACCAUAUCGCCGAGGACGAGGAGCUGGGCCGGCUGCUGCUGGAGAUAGCCGGCAGAAGGCUCAAUCUCUACGCGGAGAACUCACAGUCCACGUUCCUCAAGAUUGCCUCUGUAGGCCAUCAGUUGCUGGCCUACCUGGACAACCUGAAGGAGCCGCUGACGGAGCACAACGUGCAGAUAGCGGCUACCAAGCCGGACGAGAUUGAUGUGGCUGCCCUCGACCGCCUGUUGUCCCAUGCCUACAAGUGCCUCUGCCGACGCGAGUCCAAGCAGCUGCCCAUCAUCGCUCAGAUGUACAACGCCGUGCGCAUCCUGCAGAACUGAGGAGGAGCGAGGAUGACACCCCAGACACUAGAUCAGUUUACUAGUUAAUGGACAGAAAUACUAGAAUUUUACGAAUGGAUGCAACACCAAAAAAAUGAAUUUAGGAUGCACACUUGAAGCACACCUGUUUACCAAUGGAUGCAACUUAAACCACACAUCAUUGCGAAUGGAUGCCAACCAAACGAAAUAUUUGAGGAUGCAAUGACUUGAAGCACACAUCAGUGGGGAUGCAUUAUGAAAUGCAAUGUUAUAUUUGACUAACUAUGGUUAUAUUUUAUGAUUAAAGCAAUACCAAAUGUA